AUGGCCUUAAACAGACCCGAAUGUCCCAACGCCCCUUGGUGGCACAGCAAUCCAGCGCUGCAGCCCGCUUGGCCGAGUGGGUUCCCAAAGUGGCCGAUGCGAAAGUACCAGAUGGUGAUUUUGGUGUUUGUGGGCACAGCCGGUUCCCGACAGGAUCACGGCAGUCCCAUCAGCUUUGCGGUGCUGUCGGCUUUUGCUGCUGAAAUUCGUCACCGUCCGCAGCUCCCAAUGCAGCAGCUUGGCAGCACGUUGGGCUGCGAGAGGGGAUGCCAUGGAAAUGGGCACUUUACCCUGCGAAGUAACAACAACCCCUACGCCUCCUUCGGAGCCACACUGGCACGGGACGAGGAGCAGAACCUGUGGAGCACCCCACAUGAUGUGACCCACACGGAGGCGGACGAUGACCGGGUGCUGUACAACAUGAUCGUGGUCAGGAACCAGCUGGACAAGGACUCGGAGGAAUGGCAAAAGCUCAACUAUGAUAUUUAUACCUUACGGCAGACCCGAAAAGAAGUGAGAAGCAGGUGGAAACACAUUUUGGAGGAUUUAGGUUUCCAGAAGGAAGCGGACUCCCUCUUGUCAGUGACCAAACUCAGCAUCAUCAGUGACUCCCAGAACAUGGGCAAAGCCCGGGACAUCCUGUUAAAGCUCUCCGAAGAGACAAACAUCUUCCCGACCAGCUGGGAGCUUUCUGAGCGCUACCUCUUCGUGGUGGAUCGGCUCAUAGCUCUGGACGCUGCAGAUGAGUUCUUCAAGAUGGCCAGCGUGGUGUAUCCAAAGAGACCCAGCGGGGAGAGAGUGGAUGAUAGCCAGAAGGCCCCGCAGUGCAUCUCUGCUGUGAUGCCCUGA